AUGCAAGUUGAGGAAGAUGGCCUGGCGAUGGCAGAAGCGGUAACAGAGAAGACGCCAUCAUGCUGGACAAUGCUGUGUGAUUUCACGAUCGGCGGAGGGUUGUUUUCAGUUGCAAGCCUGAUUCCGGCGGUGCUGGCUGUCAACUUAGCCUCCAAUCACUGGGAUGAUGAGUGUGACACCUUAGCAUCCUUGCGGUCGUGGCUUAUGGCUGAUGGCAUCAUCGUGAUGAUGAUGAGCAUACCCGGGCUUUAUUCUCUAGUCUGCUGUGGGCAUGCGCAGGGAGCGAACAAGUGCCUCUUGCUGCCGGCUUUGGUGCUUGUGGUGUGGGGCAUGGUGACUUACACUCACCCUGAUGUGCCUAUUACUUCAACGACAACCACCACAACUACAACUACAACCACCACCACAACUGGAACAGGCAUUGCCCCCAUAGUGGUAGCACCCUGCGACGAGUUGAGGAUAAAGGCAGGCUUGAUUCUGUUGGCCCAGUGCGUGGUGCCAGCAGCACUCUGCAACUAUGUGGUUGGCGUCCUUGGUGGUGCCGGCUUGGUAUCCGCCUUGCUCGCCAUUCCAGCUGCCAUCGCGCUUUCUGCUGCCAUAGCUGAGUGGGAUGCAGAGUGUCGAGAGCCGCUGGUGACGUGGCUCUUCAUUCACGGCCUGCUUCUCUCGUUGGUGCCAGGCUUAUUCAUGCUAUGCCUUGGCAUGGAUUCAGAGGUUGUGUCCUAUGCCCGCCUGAGACAGCAGGCCCGAACAGAACAUUCAGUCUACCCGGAAGACACUCGCAAGGAGGAGACGCUCGGCGCAUGUGCUCACCAUGUAAACACAUGCCUUGUUCUGCCGACGCUGAUUCUUUUGAUUUUGGGCGCGUACAUGCUCGCCCACACCACCGAUACUUCUUGUAAUCCAGAUGUUCGGUGGUGGACACGACUGGUACUGAUUUUGACAGCCGUGGCACCAAUUGUGGGAAGCUGUUGCGUCGAGUGCUGUGAAACACGAAGCAGCGGCAUUCCCGGUGCCUGCUGGGACCCUCCUCCGGUGCAGGCUCUUGACUCGACAUUGGCUGAGGUGGAGCUGCAGAGUAGGUCGUGA